GCGGUCUUCAUGGCCUCCGAGGACCCGUCCCCGCCGCCGCCGCCCUCGCCCUCGCCGCCCGCCUCCCCCGAGCCCGAACUGGCCCAGUUGCGGCGGAAGGUGGAGAAAUUGGAACGCGAGCUACGGAGCUGCAAGCGGCAGGUGCGGGAGAUCGAGAGGCUGCUGCACCACACGGAGCGGCUGUACCAGAGCGCCGAGAGCAACAACCAGGAGCUCCGCACGCAGGUGGAAGAACUCAGUAAAAUACUACAUUGUGGCAGAAAUGAAGAUAACAAAAAGCUUGAUGUAGAAGUACAAACAGAGAAUCACCUUCCUUGGUCAAGUUCAGAUUAUUAUUACCAGACCUACUAUAAUGAUGACAAUCUUCCAAAUAAAGAGAAUGAACUCUCUGUUCAGCAGUAUCAGUAUGUUGAAGCUCCUUCUCUUAAUUCUGAAGACCAGGCACAAAUAGAAAAUGCUUACACUAGUACUGAUUUAACAGAAAACGUCAGAAGUGGACAAGAGGAUCAUUUUACCUCCAACUCACAGGAGUCAGCAUCUGCAUUAGCAACAGAAGGAGAUGGUACAUCCUUAGAAGGUUCAUCACUAGCUGAAAGUUUGAGAGCUGCAGCAGAAGCUGCUGUAUCACAGACUGGUUUUACUUAUGAUGAAACUACUGGACUAUAUUUUGAUCACAGCACUGGUUUCUAUUACGAUUCUGAAAAUCAACUAUAUUAUGAUCCUUCUACUGGAAUUUAUUACUACUGUGAUGUGGAAAGUGGCCGAUACCAAUUUCAUUCUCGUGUAGAUUUGCAGCCUUAUCAGACUUCUAGCACAAAGCAAAAUAAAGAUAGAAAAUUGAAGAAGAAAAGAAAGGAUCCAGAUUCUUCUACAACAAAUGAGGAAAAGGAUUUGAAUUCAGAUCAAAAGUCCUCUAGUGUUGAAUAUAUGAACUACAGUGAGGCAGAAAAUUGUGCAAGUGGGAAAAAGAAGGCCAAAGUAGACUGCCAUUACAAAAAUAUUUCCCCUAAAUUCACCAUUGCAGUUAGUGAAAACUCUUUAGAAUCUCCUCUAAAAGAGAAGAUUUCUAAUUCAACUUCAUUUAAAGAUGAAAAAAUCAUAGAAAGUGACAGUGAGCCAGAAGAAGGUGAAAUCACAGAUUCCCAGACUGAGGACAGUUGUAACGAAGAUGAAAGCAGUGAAGACAAUGGAGCUACAGAAGAAAUGGAGGAGGAAGAUGCAGAAAAAAUUUGGCCUCCGUGUAUUAGAGUAAUUGUUAUUAGAUCACCAGUGUUGCAGACAGGAUCACUUUUUAUCAUUACAGCUGUAAACCCUGCUACAAUUGGAAGAGAAAAAGAUAUGGAGCAUACUCUCCGAAUCCCUGAAGUGGGUGUCAGUAAGUUUCACGCAGAAGUUUAUUUCGACCAUGACUUACAAAGUUAUGUCCUUGUGGAUCAAGGCAGUCAAAAUGGCACAAUUGUUAAUGGAAAACAGAUUAUUCAGCCCAAAACAAAAUCUGAUCCUUACGUACUUGAACAUGGAGAUGAAGUGAAAAUCGGAGAAACCGUACUUUCCUUCCAUAUCCACCCUGGCAGCGAGACCUGUGACGGCUGUGAGCCAGGGCAGGUUAGAGCUCACCUUCGCCUUGAUAAGAAAGAUGAGUCUUUUGUUGGCCCAGCAUUAAGUAAAGAGGAAAAAGAAUUAGAAAGAAGAAAAGAAUUAAAAAAAAUACGAGUAAAAUAUGGUUUGCAGAACAUAGACUAUGAAGAUGAAAAGGCCUUGAAGAAUCCAAAAUAUAAAGACAGGGCUGGAAAACGCCGGGAGCAGGUGGGAAGUGAAGGGACUUUCCAUAGAGAUGAUGCACCAGCAUCUGUUCAUUCAGAAAUUACUGAUAGUAACAAAGGUCGGAAGAUGUUGGAGAAGAUGGGUUGGAAGAAAGGAGAGGGCCUUGGAAAGGAUGGUGGAGGAAUGAAAACUCCGAUCCAGCUUCAGCUUCGGCGAACACAUGCGGGCUUGGGGACAGGCAAACCAUCUUCAAUUGAUGAUGUUCAUCCUCUCCAAAACAAGAACAAAAAAAACUGGGACAAAGCUCGAGAACGGUUUGCUGAAAAUUUCCCAGAAACUAAACCACCAAAAGAUGCAACAGGGAACAUGCCUUGGGUAAAAGGAACUGUGGAAUGAAGGUUUAUCAUGGAGUAUAGUUCACACCUUUAAAAAGUUUGGAAAUUUCUAUUGCAAAAACUUUUCUCCCCAGGAGUCAGAGAGAUGAGGAAAUGUAUUACAGUUAACCUCUCAUGAUUCAGAAAUUUAUAAUAAAGUAUGGUUUGCAGCUUUUAGAAACUCUAUUUUUUAUUUUGUUUUAAAUUUUACUUUCUUUUUUUGUGCUAGUGUGGAGCUUGAGCUC